AUCCAUCCCACGUCAGACUUCCCACAGAUAUAAAACCCUAAAAAAGGAAAAAAAGACUUACCCUUUCAUCUUCUCAAACUAUCUUCCCCUCUAUGCCCAAUAAAGUGAAACAAGAAACCUCUCGCUCUUUCCAAGAAAUGUCCGAAUUACAACUAACCAACGACAAUAACAACACUCAGCAGCAACAACAACAACCCAACGGCGCCGCUCCUCCGUCUCUCCCGUCGACCUCCGCCGAAGCCCUCGCCGGAUCGAAACGGCUGAGGAGACCGAGCGUCCGAUUAGGCGAAAUCGGCGGCGAGCAGUACCAAUCCGCGGCGGCGUACGAUUAUUCUCCGAGGAGACCCAGAAAAGAUGUGAGCAAAUCUUCGACGAGGACUCGAGCUUUGACGAAUUUGGGUUCUGGGUAUGAGAAUCCCGGCGAGAGGGAAGGAAAUGUGGAGUCUUUGGGUGUUGGGAGCUGGCGGGUCAAGAAACGGGUCGGUGGGUCGACGACGAAGCGGGUGAGGUCUAAUUGGGUUUCGAGGGGGGGUGGGGAGGAGGAAUUGGAAGGUGGGUUUAGGGAUUUUAGUAGGGAGGAUUCGGAGAGUCCGAUAAAGGAGGAGUCUUUGGGGAGAGACGGUGGUGGUGGUGGUGGUGGUGGUGGUUUAGGGUUUUAUGGGAGUAGUGGGAACAGAGAGUUUGAGUUGUCGGGAGGAGGAGAGAGAGAAGGGGUGAAGAUUUGGUUGGAAGAGUUGGGGUUAGGGAGGUAUUGGCCAAUGUUUGAGAUACAUGAGGUUGAUGAAGAGGUUUUGCCGUUGUUGACUUUGGAGGAUUUGAGAGAUAUGGGGAUUAGUGCUGUUGGGUCGAGGAGGAAGAUGUUUUGUGCUAUUCAGAAGCUUGGUAGAGAGUUCUCGUGAUAUAGAGAGAGAGAGAGGAGAUUUUUGAUCUGUUGAGAAGAAGAGGAGCAUGUUGUUUGUUGGUGAGAUAAGUCAGACAUGGUGGCAGUGUAAGCUUGUAAUGUCUGAAAGCCUUUUGCUUAUAGUAUCUCAAUUGUUGAUUGUUUCUUAUCUUUGUGUUUGAAUGUACCACCACUAGCUACAGUAGUAGAAGUAGAAAGUGGGAAAGAAGAAGAUGAAGUAAGAAGUUUCUUUGUUUACUGUUUGAUUCUAUUUUUGCUUCACCUGAGAUGUUUUUCCAUGGAUGGUCUUGAUGAUAAGGAACUUGCAACUUAAUAGUUAUAGUUGUAGACUAUUAUACCGAUUUGUAAUAGGAAUCUGA